AUGAAACUGAUUAACAAAUACGUCGACAAACAUGGCGCUGGCCAUGUCACCUUACGACCAGAAGACGACGAAGACAUGUGGCAUUUAUAUAAUCUUAUCCAGAAGGGCGACUCAGUGCGUGCGCCCGCGAUUCGCCGUGUACAAAAGACAUCCGCUACCGGAUCUAUAGACUCUCAGAGAAUUCGGCUCAACCUCACACUCGAAGUCACCAAUGUAGAAUUUUCUUCGUAUUCUGCAGCUGCAGAGCAAUCCUCUUCCACGGAUCCAAGUGGAUCGAACAACAGCGCAGCGUUACAGAUCGCUGGUCGAGUCAUUGUAGAGAACCCGCAUGUGAAACUCGGCGCAUUUCACACUCUGGAUAUCGAAGCUAACCGGGACGUGCGGAUAGAAAAGGCGAACGGGUGGGAUAGUAUUGCCUUGUCGCGUGUACAAGAGGCUAUUGUCCCAGGCAGAGGCGCAGAGGUUGGAGCGAUUGUCUGCGGAGAGGGAACGGCAGCCUUCUGUCUCCUCUCAGAACAUAUGACGUUGGUCACUCAUCGAAUAUCCGUUCCUAUCCCUCGUAAAGCUGCAUCGGCGGGGUCAUCUCAACACGAAAAGGCAUUGACAAAAUUCUACGGUGUUUUAUACGACGCUUUCAUACGACAUAUUCCGUUCGGCAAUGUGGGAUUGAAGGCAAUUGUUUUUGCGAGUCCAGGAUGGGUGAGAGAUUCUGUGUACGAUUAUGUGAUGCAAGAAGCGGGAAAAAGGAAUGAUAAGGUCCUCCAGCGGGCGCUGAAGGAAAAAGGCAUCAAGAUUCAUAUUAGCAGCCCGCAUGUGCAUAGUCUGGUCGAAGUUUUGAAAAGCCCUGAGAUCAGUGCACAGUUGAAGGAAACGAAAUUCGCAAGAGAGGGAUUGACACUGGACAAAUUCCAUAAAAUGCUUGCAAGCGAUGAGCUACGGGCAUGGUAUGGGCCGAAACAUGUUAUUUUAGCAGCAGAUAGAGGCGCCAUAGGCACGCUUCUAAUAUCUGAUGAACUCUUUCGAGCAAGCGAUCCUGAGACACGGAAAAGAUAUGUCGCUCUUGUUGAAAAGGUAAAACAGACAGGUGGAGACGCGGUUAUAUUUUCUAGCAUGCAUGAAUCAGGUCAACAACUGAAUCAGUUGACCGGAAUAGCGGCGAUUCUUACAUUCCCGCUGGAUAUUGAAGUAGUCGAAGCCGAGGAAAAGGAGGAGGAGGAACGGAAGAAACUAGAAAUGCAAGUAGACGAAAAGGAGGGAGGCUGA